UCCCGGCCCGGCCAAUGAGCGUGCGCCUCCCCGUGCCCGCCCGGCGGCGCGGUCAGCUGAGGCUCCUCCCAAGAUGGCGGCGGCAGUAGCGGUGCUUUGGUAGAGCCGGUGCCGCUGCAGCCCCCGCCCCGUCAGGUGCCGGGAGGAUGCAUCCCUUCGGCGAGGAAGAAGCGGCCUCUCUGGAGCGGCUCUUCGGGUUCUUCUGUGAAUGCGUGCGGAGCGGGCGCUGGGAGUUGGCGCAGGCCUGCGUGCCACAGCUGGGCCGGUGGCGGGGCGACGGCCCCGGGAAGGUGGAGACCAUCCUGGAGGCGCUGGUGGCCUGUCCGCGGGCGGCCGGAUGUGGACAGAACUGCAGCCCAUGGAGAGCUGCAUGGCUUUGGCUUCUUGUGCUGGAAAAAUGGCUUGCAAGGAAUCAGAAAACUGUACCUGUUGUUCUUCAGAGAGAAACAGAAUUUUUAUUGUUCUUGGAAGAAUUGCAGAAAGAUGUCUCUGAAGAAGUCCUCAAGGAGCUGUUUCAAGCGUAUGUGUGCACCCAGAACAGACAUGCUGCAGACAUGAAAAGAAGAGAGGGCUGUUCUCAGAGGUUCAGUUUGGAUGUUGUUUCUGCUCUCCGAAAGCUUUUGUUACGAGCUCCACAGAGGGCACAGGUCCUGCUGGAGUUCUUCCAGGAGGAACAAGACACACACAGCCCUUCAAUCCAGCAGUACUGCUCUCUGCAAAACAUCUUUGUGGAAUUUCUUCGUGACUCCUUGAUAUCUCUGCAGAGGCUUCAGUGCGGUUCUGAGAUUUCAGAGCUAGAUCAACGAGAACUAGUAGAUAUAAUUUAUUCUGUUCUCAGUAUGGUGACUUUUGAGGUGGAACAUCAGGCUGAUGAACUGCAACACCUAUUCAGGGAGCUCUUGGAUGUAUGCUGGGCUGAGGGAAGCCCACUGAGGGAGGAGAAGCUACUAAGCUGUAUGCUGAGGAAGCGGAGCCGUGGUCUAUUAAACCUAUAUAGCAGUGUUCUCGUAGAUAAAACAAGAGAAAAAUUUCUGGUAUCAAAAUCAAUAGGAAAAGGAUCAUCUGAGCAGCUGGAUACAGAGCGAACCAUGAUGAAUUUGUUUUCAGAUCACAAAGAAGCUUCUUCAUGGAAGACAGCAUAUUUCUACUGCUUGAGCAGUAGUAAGCACUUCCUGGAACAAAUUCUGGUGACAGCAUUAGCUUUGCUGAAAAGAGAAGACUUCUCAGGCCUGAGCAGCUUAUUGAGGAGAGAAUUCAACCCCCUCAGCCGCCUUCUGGUAUUGCUAGGAUGGACUCACUGUCAAAGCUUGGAAUCAGCAAAAACAUUGCUGUGGACUCUUCACAAAACUCAGGAUUUGUGCAAUGAUUCAGUACUAAAAGAUUUCUGUGAUGGGCUCUGGGCUCAAGUGGAAGUUCUUGAAUGGUGCAUAAAGCAAAACAGUAUUACUAUCCCAAGAAAGGUUCUUUUGCAACACUUGCACAGUCUGGAUUGCCACACUGCGAUAUACUCUCUUCACCACCUCACUAAUCUUCUGACUCUAAAUGAAGAGGAUGUUAUUGAGCUGUUUCAAAAAGUUCCUCCUAGAGACCAACAGUUGCAGGCAGCACCACUCUCUAGUGCUCUCAGCCAGCAACGCAGUCUGGCGCUGUUUAGAGCAUUUUGUGCCAUGAAGUAUGCUAUCUAUGCUCUCUGUGUGAAUUCCCAUAAGCAUUCCAAGUGCAAAGAUUGCAUACGCAGCCUUCUUUGUGAUAUCCCUGAAGACACAGCUUCUGGAGAACCAGCAGAUUGUUCUCCUGUCUUUUCUCAAUAUCUUGUGAAGUGUCACCAGUUCUUAAGGAGUGUUCCUGUCCCGCUGCGCCUGGAGGUUCUGGAGAACAUCUUCUCCUUGCUUUUUGUUUCCUACAGUGACCUCCACAGUGACAAUCUUCUACCAGAGGACUAUGCAGAGGAUGAUGAUCUUGACAAAAAGAGUUCUGCUGUGAGUGUAGAAGGCAGUGCCAGUCAGCGGUCUUCUGCAUCAGAAAGUCCACAGCACCUAAUAAAGGCUGGAAAGAAGUUAGAGAGGUAUCCGUUUGCUGCUCGGACCGAUCACUUGGACAUUCAGAAUCUUCCUGACUUGGAGCAGUGUGGCAAAAGCUGUGAAUCCUCUAGGCUGAGCUACCCAGAUCUGAAACACUUCACCAGCAGCGUCACUGGAUUUUUAGUGGAUGAUGUGGCCAUGGAUGCCUUCCUCACAUUGCUCCUCAACCAUCUGGAAGAAAUUCAGAGUUCUCUCCCAUGGGACUCCAGUAAUGUUCUUCGUGAAGAGCUGGAGCUUGUUGAGUGCUUGAACCUUUCUGCAAGCAGAGAUGGCUUUGGAAGUCGUGUAUUACAGUUCUCCAAAUACCUUUCUGAAGCUCACUGGCGUUAUAAGGUAGUGAUGAGCAACAGAAAUGCAGAACAUCAGCCUGCAGUUUCUCGGAGAUGCAGCUCUUUAGUUAGGUGCACCAGCUUUAGGAAACGAGGUAGAUCUCAAAGAUACAGAACAGAUGGGAAAGAGGAAACUUCCAGUCCAUCGUGGGAAAGUACAAGUAGUGAGCUGAGUGCCAGUACCUCAGAGGGAAGUACCAGUAAUGUGUCUGGCUCGGGUGAUUUGGAAAGUAGAGGCAGACCACAGCAGCAAAAUCCUCUAAUUCCUAUGAUGCUUUCCCCACCAGAAUCUCUGUUGGUUUCUUGUGUUUUGAGAGGAAACUUCACAGAAGCCCAUCAGGUGGCUUUGAUGUUCAACCUGGAUACUUCACCUUGCUAUGGUGAGUUGGUUUUCAUGGAGCGCUACCAGGAGGCGGUACGAGAAAUGGCCAGAGUGGAGCACAAUAUUGAGAAUCAAGUGUCAGAUGGUACUGCAGGCAUCAGGAGGUCUGGCAGUGGCCGCUCAACAUUGCAAGCUAUUGGGAAUGCAGCAGCAGCUGGCAUGGUGUUUUAUUCCAUCUCGGAUGUUACUGAUAAAUUGCUUGCAACUUCUGGAAGUCUUGCCCCUACUCUCCAAGAAAACUUCUGGGUCAGCAACAUCCAGCUGGAGCACACUGACCCUCUCUGGGAAGUCCUUGAGGACCUCAGUCCCUCAGCAAUGGCAGCGUUUGACCUAGCUUGUACUCAGUGCCGUCUUUGGAAGACAUGCAAACAGCUUUUGGAGACAGCAGAAAGAAAACUGUACAGCAGCCUUGAAACUCGAGCUCACCGACCUGAUUUUGUUUUGCUGCGUUCUGAAAGUAUGAAGGGUUUCCCAGUGUUUCUUCAGCAAAUAAGUAAAAUUCUCAACUAUUCCUGCACAUCACAAGGGCAGUCCAAAUCAGAGCUCUCAGAAGAGAAAAUAAGCAGUUAUUUUCGAUGCAGCAUUGUAGACCUUCUGCAAGCUUGCUAUCCUGCCUUGACUGAGGAAAAUAUUACUAAUGAGAUUAUUUUAUCACAACGUUUGGAUCAAAUUCUAAAAGCACUGACACAUGUUGAACGUUCUGUAGACUCUAAAGGGAGCCUGCUUGGCACCUUGGUGGAACAGGCCUCUCUGAAACCUGUGGAACUGGAGAAACACCUAGUUUGGAAUCAAAUGCAGCUCUUGCUGAGAACCCUUGAUCAGCAUUUCCAAACCUCCCCAGAGAGCAACACGAAGACAAACUUUGUGAAGAUGUUCUUUGACUACAUUGCUACACUGGCUGCUGUUGUGUUACGAAGUCUGAAUACAGAGCUAGACUUAGCUGCAGAAGUGAAAGUGGGGAAUCCUUUCAUAUUGUUACAGCAGAGUCCAUCUCAGCUACUUUCUCAACUCCUGUUUGAAAGGCAGGUUCAACCUGACAGGCUUUCUUCGCUCUUGGCUAGAGAAGAGUUGAGCUUGAAUGUGCAGCAAGUUAUUGUUAACUGUUGCUGUGAAAGGCUGUCCUUGUGCAAUUCAAGGCAAAAGAGCCAAGCAAAAUGCCUUCUGACAAACAUCAGCAACCUAGCACACCAGUGUACUGAAUGCUGUCUGCCAGAUGUUGAAAUACCUUUCUCCAAUCGUGCAAUAACCUCUGAGGAUGUCUACACUCUGGCCUCGUCCUCUGUGGCUGACUUGAGCCAGAACACGCUCACUGCCUCCUGCCUGGAUUUCCUUAAGUCUCAGUCAAAGCUAACAGCCACAGUGGCAUGUCUAAGUGCAUCUAAUAUACAGAAAAUUCCCAAAUCAAGUUUGUCCUGGAUGGAAUUCUGGGACAAACGGGAAUUGCCAUUAGGUUUGGAACAGAUUUCCAGGGAGUGUGAGGCAUUGCUGAAGGAGUUCCCAAUACUGGAAAGAUUUCUGCUUGCUAUGUUUGAGCCACUUCAGAAUCAACAGGAAGAAGGUGGCAAUUUGGCUGGUGUCUUCUCUGGCAGGACAUACAUACCUUUGGUUCUCCUAGGAUUGCAUUCCUCCACAGCUGUUAAGGUAUUAAUGGAAGUCUUUGAACAAGCACUUGCUGCAAAGGAUUGGACUAGAGCUCUGAAGAUCUUGGAUCUGUACAGUCAGGAUGUAGAGGAGCUAGUUGAUGUGAAGGAUGCUGUGCUGAGCUGUGCAGCUGCUGAAGGUAAGGAUGGUUGGCAGUACUUAUUCCCAGUGAAAAAUGCAACACUGAGAAGUGUGCUGGCUCUGCGCUGUUUGGACAAAUGGCCACUCGAUGCCUGUUUGGAAAUUCUAGCUUAUUGUAGUUCUGAUUUGGACAUAACUGAUGAACUGAAAGCAAAUCUGCAGAGCAGGAAGAGAGAACUUCAGGUUUAUCAAAAGAUUUUGAAUUUGCAAAAUGAACCACUGUGGAGUGACUGGCAGGAUCUGAAAAAAGCCUGCACUGACGAUCCCCAGGCCAUCAUGAAUAUCAUUCUGAAAGCAAAGGAUUAUGAGUUAUGUGAGGAAUGGGGGCACUUGUAUCCUGUCCCAAGAGAAGACUUGAUCAAUCUUCACCGUGAGCACCUUCUCCACUUACUGGAGAUGGGAGACAUGGAAAAAGCAUCACAGCUGUUACAAAGAAUAGAAGAUCCUGGUAUUUGCCUUGCUAUCAGUGAACAGUCCCUUGACCAACAUCCUAGCUUGGCAGCGUCUCACUUCUUAGCUGAUUACCUCACAACCCACUUCUACAGGAAUCUGACAACAGCACGUCGUAAUGAAAUCCAGGCACUUUACAUGGGAUCAAAAGUAUUGCUGACUCUACCUGAACUCUCUCGUGUUAACUACUUCCACCUCUCAUCCAGGCCACUGCUUAUGGUGGAACAGCUGCUCAUGAAUAUGAAAGUGGACUGGGUAUCUGUGGCUGUGCAGACACUGCACCAGCUCUUAGGUAGACAGGAAGUUGGCUUUGCUGUAGAAGAUAUUGACAAUUUGCUCUCAAAAUAUGCAGAGAAAGCCCUUGACUUCCCAUUUUCAUUGAAAGAAAGGAGAUCAGAUUCUGUUACACGUAUCCAAGAAAGUCUCUGUCAAGUACUGGAGUGUGAAACAAUGUCUAAGUCAGGAUCAUCAGAACUAUCUCUUGCCAGCCUUACAGGUGUCACCAUGUCUGCAAGUCCCAGAGAAAGAAGCCUGCAGCAGAAUUUUUUGGAGGAAUUUGUGCCACCUGAGAAGCCGCCUCCGAAGCAACAGUGGAUACCUGAUGACACUGAAACAAUAUGUAUGGUUUGCAAAACUGAGCGCUUUACUAUGUUUAACAGACGUCAUCACUGCAGGCGCUGUGGCAGGCUGGUGUGCAGUUCUUGCUCUACCAAGAAAAUGACAGUAGAGGCUUGUAGAGAAAAUCCAGCUCGUGUAUGUGAUCAAUGCUAUAGUUACUACAACAGAGAACAUCUGCCUGGCUUGGUAGAAGACACAAGCAUCACAAAGGAAGAUCAGGAUGAAGUGGAAGAAACUCCUAGUAAUGAAUGUUCCACAGUGGUGCGAAUACCUAAGGCAGCUGCCCUUGAAUGGCUUCUUUCCCUGAACGAAGAGGAGAACGAAAUUGUACGCAGUGAAUUUUACUAUGAACAGGCUCCCAGCUCUUCCCUGUGUAUUGCUAUUCUUAGCCUGCACAGCAACAGCAUAGUGUGUGGCCACCAGCUGAUUGAGCACUGCUGCAGAUUGUCCCAAGGGCUCACUAAUCCUGAGGUAGAUGCUGGACUCCUUAUGGACAUCAUGAAACAGUUACUCUUCAGUGCCAAAAUGAUGUUUGUGAAAGCUGGGAGGAGCCAGGACCUAGCUCUCUGUGACAGCUACAUCAGCAAAGUGGAUGUGCUGAAUAUUUUGGUUGCUGCUGCCUAUCGUCCAGUACCAUCUUUAGAUCAGAUUCUUCUCCCUGCAGCAGUAACAAGAUUAAGAAAUCGUCUCUUGGAAGCAGAGUACUAUCAGCUAGCUAUAGAGGUUUCUACAAAAUCUGGGUUGGAUCCGAGUGGAGCAUGGCAUGCCUGGGGCAUGGCUUGUCUUAAAGCUGGAAAUUUAAGUUCAGCAAGAGAGAAGUUUAACCGAUGUUUAAAGCCACCAGUGGAUCUAAACCAGCUGAACCACGGGUCAAGGCUAGUCCAGGAUGUGAUACAAUACCUAGAGUCCACGGUGAAGCCUGUACUCAUUGCGCAGGAUGAUGAUUACUUUGCCACAUUGAGGGAACUGGAAGCAACAUUGAGAACAAGAAGUCUAUCCCUGGAGAUGAUGUCUGAGGGGAAGGUUCAGUACAACAGCUACUAUCAAGAGUGCUUGUUCUAUUUACAUAGUUAUGGCACUAAUCUGGCAAUAAUAAGCUUUUACAUGAGGCAUGACUGUAUGAGAGAAGCACUGCUUCACUUGUUAAAUAAGGAAUCCCCAUCUGAAGUAUUCAUUGAAGGGAUCUUCAUUCCAAGCUAUCGAAGUGGAAAGCUGCAUAUGUUGGAGAAUUUGCUGGAAACCAUUGAUCCAGGGCUGGAGAGCUGGGGGAUGUAUUUGAUUGCAGCCUGCAAAUACUCAAAAAAGAACUACUACCACAUUCUGUAUGAGUUACAACAAUUUAUGAAGGAUCAUGUUCGUGCUGCCAUGACCUGCAUUAGAUUUUUUACUCAUGGAGCAAAAUCCUACACCGAACUGGGAGGCAAACAGACAUGGCUCAUAAAGAUCAAGGACCAUCUCAAAGUCUACCUGCAGGAGGUCUCAAGAAGUUCAGGAAGAAAAAAAAUGGUGUACACUUUCCGGAAGAAAAUGUCUGCUACAGAUGUGUCAAGACACAUCAAUACAGUUGAUCUGCAAAUGGAAGUAACUAAGUUUCUGCAUCGAUGUGAGACCUCAGGAAGCUCUCAAAUGGCAGGUUCUUCCUUGCCAACACUGUUUGGAAAUAACAACAUGAAAAUGGAUGUUGCUUGCAAGGUCAUGUUGGAAGGCAAAAAUGUUGAGGAGGGAUUUGGGAUUGCAUUCAGAGUCCUUCAGGAUUUCCAGCUGGAGGCUACAGAAGUGUACAGCAAAGUGGCCAAGCAGCUGGUGAAGCAGCAAAAGUACAGUGAGAUCCGGCAGCUACUCAAGUGUGUCAGCGAGUCUGGAGUUGCAGCCAAGAAUGAUGGGGAUACCAUUAUCUUAAAUUGUCUAAGUGAAUUCAAGAACAUACCUGCUGAGGACCUCGAUAAUCUGAUUCAGGAUAUGGACAGUGAUGAAAACAAGAUUCAAGCCUACCUGAUGUGCAACAAGUUGCGUUCUGCGUAUCUGGUCUCAGUGAGACAGGAGAAGAGCAGAGCAGUGCAGCUUGUCCAGCAUGUGCGCCAGCUGGCUGAGAGCAGUGGAGAAGAUGUUGUGCACGCCAUCUGUACCCAGUGGCUCACAGUGCACCAGCCCAAAAUGAGAAAUCGACUUGGCCAGGGCAGCAGGAAGUAACUGACAUUCACCAUCAUGCAGAAGGGGAAGACUUCAAGACACCUUAAAGGCAUGCAGUGCAGCAAUCACUUGGUAAAAGGGAAGUCUUCUAACUUGUGUCAGUAGCAAAUGGAAGCUGCUAGUGUGCCUCUGGUUAAAAGGAAGGGAACUAAAUUACAAGUGCCAGUAAUCUCACAAAUAGUCACUACCUCAGGGUGUCUUUCGAUCCUCUUUGAUUUGGGUAGGGGAAGGGUGGCAGUUUCAAACAGAACAAGCAAGAUUUUUUAGGUCUGAAAGAGAGCGCUUGGGUUUUUUAGAAAGGCACUGAUCUUUUUCCCUUUUUAUUUCUAAUCCAGACAACCUGCAUAGAGAGAACAGAAAAAUCUCAACAGCUCAACGUAGCCUAGAGUAUAACACUUUCUGUGAUUAUGGGUUUCCUUUAAGAUUGUUUUCAAGACUGCAGAGAUCUUUUACAAAGACUGAAGUUCAGAGAUGGUUGUUUUUAAAGCCUCUAUACAAACUAUUGCUAACUUCUUCCCCCACUCCCACCCACUGCAGUGUGCUCAACUUCUUUUAUAGUUUGUUGGACAAAGUACAAGCUUAUUCUUCAUGGCAGGUUUCUACUUCCCAGUUGCACUGUCUGAUAUACGUAUUGCACUUGAGUCCUUACAAAAUGGAUGAAAUUGUGAGUGGCAUAUCCUGCAAUGGGCCUACAAAGGGAAAAAUCCUUUAAAAUAGUUUUUAAAAAAUCACCUACCUCUUUCUUUGCUAUAAUAUCCAAUAAAAUGUUGUGAUGCAGCUUUAUCACUGAGCAGAUGCCAGUGAACUUUAGGUAUGGCAGAAAAUAUGGAAAGAUAGAGCUGUGGCAAAAUUCAGCAGUCUGUAUUCCUGUCACACAGGAAUUUUAGUUUUUUUUCUUAUGAGAAUAACCUGUCCCUGUCAGGUACAGCAGAAUGCAAUAACUAGACAUACUGUGUAUAUUAGAAUGCUAGGCUGGAGUGCGUUAGGACGUGUGAAAAGGCAGUAUUUUAUAGUGCAAGGAAUGGAACAGUGGAUUCUGUGCUGAACUUGUGUGUGUGGUAAGGUGUUUACUGUGAUAAGAAACAGAGCAGAGUUCUUAGGCUUAAUCAGCAAACAUCUGUGUCAUUUCUGCGUUGAAGGAUGCUGAAAGAAGCAGCUGCUACUC